AUGGCGCCGUGGGAGGACUUUGAUGCGACCUUCCAUUUCAGUAGGAACUUUACAUACGACGGGAAGCUGGUGGAACAGAUCCAGUCCAACCGCCGGAGUCUCGAGAACCAACUCUUCGUCGACCGACUGCUCUCCCUGCUCGGCGUCAAAGCAGUUACGAAGGCCUAUCCUCCCAGAUCAAAUCAAGACCUCCGCACAUUAUACAAGCAAAUUGUCGCGUCCCCCUUCCCGAGCCACCACAAACAAUCCUUGAUCUACUAUAUUCUGCGGGAUUGUCGCGCAGCCAACGAUGCUGCCGCUCAGUUUGCGCGCAAGUGCUAUCUACCGGAGAAAUACAAGCUGUUCAUUGACGGCUUAUGGUACCUGGACCGGUUAGAAUUCAGGCGAGCACUAGAAUACUUGACUGAACCGUCCUUAAUUCCAACAUUUCCCGACGAGAUCCUUUACGUCCUCACGUUGCAGAAGAUUCCCAGACAUGAUGAUAGCCUCGCCAUGGCGUAUUAUCUUACCGUCUCCCCGCCGCUCGCAUCAGAGAAGGUUCAACGCGCCUUCUUUGAAACCCUUUGCCGCUCCAGUGUUACGGAAGCAUUCUACUUCAGCCGAAAACAUGGAGAAGCUAGCAGAAAGAGCUACAUCGAGCAGCUGGUUGUAUUCGUGCACAGGUCUGGGCCAGGCCAGAGCAGGAGUAACCUCGCCAUUGAGCUCAUCAACUUGCCGUUUGAUGAAACGGAGGAAGAGUGGUUCGAGGAUGUACUGCUUCGCGGAAAGGCGAAGGCCCUCCAUGGUGCAAAAGACACUGUCUUGAUGAGACGUCUCGCAACCGGCAAAUUGAAAGAUCACUCCGCUGAGGUCGAAUCAUUGGGUGGUCAGAAGAUUGAUGGCUUGAACUGGGAUGAUCUGAGACAGAGUAUGAAUAAGCACGCUCAACUUCUGUCUGCUCCUGGCAGCAGUGGGGAGAUCCCUUGA